GUUACAGAUACGUCCAAUCUUGAAAAACAUGACCAAAAAAAAGAAAGAAUUUUCAUUUGAAAAUCCUGAUAAAAAUUUAUCUAUGGAUAUAAGACGAGUGAAAUUGAUCACUCAGUCAGAAUGGGAACGUUUACAAAAUCAAUUGGAUGAUAAUUUAAGUGAAGCUGCUAAAAUAGCAGAGAAAAAGUUACAGAUUGAAAAAAUUAAAGCACAAUCCAAAGAAAUGACAAAAAAUUGGACAAGUACACUUUUGGGUGCGCGACAAAAGAAACUGGAAGAACGUGCUAAUCGUUUAGCUGAACAAGAGAAAGCUAGGCAAGCUGUCGAUCGAGAAGAGGAGCUAUUUCAAGCAGAGCAAAGAAGAAAAGCUAUUGAAAAAGCAAAGCAACAGUUAUAUUAUGAAACGGACCGUGUUCGAUUAUUACAUGCUGGUUUAAAUCUAACAGAAACAUUGAAAGAACGUGAUAUGCAAUUGGAAUUUAAACAUUUGAAAAACAAAUUAGAAGCGAAAAAAGAAAAUGAACAAGUAGAAAAGAUGAGGAAGAAUAUUGAAGCAGCUAUAAAGAAAGAACAAGAUGAAGCUAUGAGAAGACGUGAGAGAAAUUUGUUAAAUGUUCAAGAAUUACAAGCUCAAAUGAAAGAACAUGUUGAACAGAAAGAACGUCAGAGAGAACAAGUAUUAGCUGAAGGUGAAGAGUUGAAAAAAAUUGCAGCAGCUGAUUUAUUAGAACGUGAAAAACUUGAACAAACCUACCGUGAUCAAAUGAGAAAACUUGAAAAAGAAUUUCAAGAUCAAAUCAACGGUCAUAAACAAAUGAAAGAGAUAGAAAAAUUACGUGAUGAAGGAUUCGAAGAACAAUGUCGACUAUUUGCAGCAGCUAAGAUUAAAAUGAUAAAAAUGCGCAUCAUGAAAGAACGUGAAAUCUUUCAACAAAAAGAAGCUCAAUUACAAAAAAUACAAGAUUACUUAACAGAACAAAUGAAAAAUGCCAAAGAUAAUGAAGAGAUGCGUUUGAACAAAGCAAUAGCUGAAAUCGAAGAAAAAUAUCAACGUGAUCUAAAAGAGAAACAGGAUAAACAAUUGAAAAUUAUUCAAGAAAUCAAUGAACAUAGAUUGAAUGAACUAGAAAGGCGUAGAAAACUAUUUGAAGAUGAGAAACAAGCGGAAUUAAAUGAAAUACGUGAAAGGAUAGCGGCUCAGUUAAAAUUAGCUGAAUACGAAAAUACACAGAAAGCAAAAAAACUCGAGGAAAGAAAACAAUUAUCGCAACAAUAUUUACAAGAAUCAAUUGAAAAAAGAAAACAAGCUCAAGAGGAGCGUAAAAAGGAAAUUGAAGAGGUUGCCAAUGAAGAAAAACUCAUUCAACUGGAAGAACAUGUCUUUAGAGAUUAUGCCACCAGGGUUAUCAAUCAUUGUCAAGCAAAUGAUCGGAAUGUUUAUCCAUUGAAAAAAGCAACAAACGCACGAUCAAUGACUGGUCUAGGUACCGGUUUACCAGGAAAACCAAGUUUAGUGAGUAUUAAUCAAACAAUCAAUAAACAAAACAAUAACGAUCCCUGUCCCAGUGAGGAAAUCCGUAAUAAUGAUGCUGCAUCAGAUAAGAAUUCGGCAAAUAAAAAAACUAAUACUAAUGAGCGCUUAGGGUUUGUUUGGUGAAUAUAUUCACCUAAGUACUCAUUAGUAUCAUAAAUAUAUAUAUAUA